CCAAUUUUCGCCGCGCGCAGACUUAUUUGGCGCACACUCUAUCAUAAACUUUGAUCAUAAACAUAAUCUAAAGUCACUAUUCAAGUAUUCACUGUAUCGUUAAUUCGUUAAUCACUAUAAUAAUACUUAAAAUAAAUAAUAUAAUAUAACACCAAGUGCUUUGACGGAGUUUCUUCUUACAACAAUACGAAUAUUUUUUUAUUAAGAUAUUUUAACGUAUUAUAAAUGGCUGAUAAUACUAACAGUGAUGGUUUGUCUGAAGCAGAGAGGAUGAAAGAAGAAGAAUUAGCUCAAGAACUUGAACACAGUGACUCAAAUGAAGAUGAUUCCCAAGAAAUAUCCUUGGAGAUAGAAGAAAAACUAUUAAAAGAUGAGCCAGAAUAUACAACAUUGGUUAAUUAUGGCGAAAGCAUACAAAAUAUUAGUGAACAAAAUGUUACAACUGAGCAUUAUGCUGAUGAUACAAAUAAGGUGGAUAUAGAAGGUCUAGGUAAUGUCUACACAGAAACCUCAGACUAUAUGACAACACCAAGUGAUACAUUAACGGAUGUGAAUGAUCAAUAUGAGUCUUAUAUCAAUGAUUACUCAUUUGACAAUACACAGAACAUUGAAGAAAGUCAAUCUGAAAAUGAUGUUGAAAAAUAUAAUGUAGACGACACACAAAAAGAUAGCUUUGUGAUGCCAAAUAUGGAUGAUUUUCAGCAGAAUGAAUCUUCAAGUAACUUAGACUAUCAAAUGACAGAGGAAAUGCUUAUGAGUGAAAGAGAAAGAGAAAAGAAAUCAAAGAAAGAGUUAGAAGAAGAAGAAAGAGAAAAAAUGCAAGUAUUAGUAUCAAACUUCACUGAAGAACAGUUAGAUAGAUAUGAAAUGUACCGUCGGGCAGCCUUUCCAAAAGCAGCAGUUAAGCGACUGAUGCAAACUAUCACAGGAUGUUCAGUGGGACAAAAUGUGGUGAUAGCCAUGUCUGGUAUUGCUAAAGUCUUUGUAGGUGAGGUUGUUGAGGAAGCACUAGAGGUACUAGAAAAAUCUGGUGAAUCUGGUCCUUUGCAGCCAAAACAUCUCCGAGAAGCUUUACGUAGACUAAGAGUAAGAGGUGCUUUACCGACCAGAAAAGCCUACAAAAGCAUGUUAAGAUUAUAACUCAGACAAAUAUUAGUAAGGGUAAAUGUAAAUACUAAUUUAAUAUAAUCAAAUGUUUUUUUAUCGUUUUAAAUAAAGAUAAUUCAAUUUGUUCAAGUUUGUAGCAUUUUAUGUUUAGUAUUAUCCCAAUAAGCAGUAUUGUCCAAUUUUAAUAAAAAUAUAUCAAAUAACUGUAA